GGUUUCGCGAGGGAGGAAACGAAACAUGACCGGCAUCUGUGCGUCUCACCGUUCGCUUUCAUCAAUUGAAGAAGAAGCAGCCACCGGCAAACCGUUCCAGUGUGACGGUGAGGCAGCCGAUGAGAUUAGACGGUCCAAGUCAAGGAAACGUCAAUAUCUAUAUAUCUAUAUCUAUAUAUAUAUAUAUAUAUAUAUAUAUAUAAUAAUUUAGAUAAAUUAAAGAGCAGGAUCAGCAGGCAUAGCAGCCGAGGCCUCUCUCUCUCUCUCUCUCGGGCAGAUAUUUCACCAUUAUCCCGUCAUCAUCAUCUUCUUCUUGAAGCUGAGCUGAAUUAUACGCUUCUUCAUGCAGAUAUUGAUGAUUUGUUCUCUAUACUCUGUUUCUGAUGUAGUUAUUUGCUUUAAAGAUCCCAUUGUUUUGACCUAGAUUCAUAUGUCCCUGAAUACUUCGGUACUUGCAGCAUAUAAGUAUUUUGUUGUUGUUAAUGAUGUUGAUGAUGGCGAUGAAGAUCAAGAUGAUGAAUAACGGGAGAUAAUUUUUGAGAUGCUAUAUAGAUUGUUGUAACUGUGAAAUUGGGAGAAAUCUCGUUAUUAAAGUAGUUUUUCUUUUAUUUUCUUUUUCUGGAUUUAGAUUUUGAGUAUUAUUGCGUUGAGUAGUUUUUGAUAAAACAUAUGAUCAUGGAUCCAAAGUUUGGGGGAUACAAUGGUUCUAUGGGAGGGAGCAAAUUCAACGAUGAGCCCUUCGCGAAUCCUUCUCUGCCUCCAUUUUUUGACAUGGGGCCUGCUAAUUCAGUCCCAAGUGUGAGUCAUGCUAAUUCAGUCCCAAGUGUGAGUCAUGAUGGAGAAUUGUGCGAGGACUGUGAUUUUAGUGAUGUAGUGCUCAAAUACAUAAAUCAGAUGCUUAUGGAAGACGAUAUGGACGAGAAGAAUUGCAUGUUUCAGGAAUCCAAUUCAGCAGCCCUUCAAGUUGCCGAGAAAUCAUUAUAUGAGGUUCUUGGGGAGAAGUACCCUCCUUCUCCUGAUCACCAACUCCCAUAUGUUUUUAAUCAAAAGUUUGAAAACCACACUGGGAAUUACAACGAUUGCAAUAACAACAGUAGCUUGGAAGAUCCCUGUUAUGGGCAAAGUAUUACCAUCAACUGGAAUGCACACUCAAGUUCUCAGUUUUCACUGGGCUCAUCGAGGAGGUCAUCAAGUGGCAGUGAUAAUGUUGUAAAAGGGUAUGUGGAGUCUCCAGUAGGUAGCAGCGUUGGGGUUCCUGAUACUUUUAGUCAGAGCGAGUCGAUUAUGCAAUUCAAGAGAGGGGUUGAGGAAGCACACAAGUUCCUUCCAGAUGAUGUUGGGUUGUUUGUUAAUUUGAACAGCAAUGUGUUGUUUACUAAGGAGCCGAAGGAAGAGGCUAAAAAUUUAGUCGUAGUGGAGGAGGAGGAGAAGCAUGAGAGCAAGGACUCACUGGAUGGGUUGAGAGGAAGGAAGAACCAUCAUCAUCCUGAAGAUGUGGAAUUAGAGUCUGGGAGGGGUAGCAAGCAGUCGGCUGUUUAUACCGAAGCAACUGUGAGGUCAGAAAUGUUUGAUAGGGUGUUGUUAUGUCAAGAAGGAAAUUGUGCGCUGCAAGGGUCAUUGCAGAGCGGAGCAAGCAAGAACGUCCAGCAGAACAUUCAAUUGAAGCAGUCUAAUGGUGGAAAGGGCCAUGGCAAGAAACAAGGGCAAGGAGGUAAGAAGGAUUUACUAGAUUUGCCAACUCUUCUAACCCAAUGUGCACAAGCUGUUGCGGCCAAUGAUCGAAAUAGUGCAAAUGAUCUGCUGAAGCAGAUCAGACAGCAUUCUUGUCCUACUGGAGAUGGAAUCCAGAGGCUGGCCAGGUAUUUUGCCGAUGGUCUUGAGGCACGUUUGGCUGGCUCUGGAACUCAAAUUUACACUGCUCUUAUUUCCAAGCCUGUUACAGCUGCUGAUAUCUUGAAAGCUUACCAUCUAUUUCUUAUUGUGUGCCCAUUUAAGAAGCUUGCAAACUUCUUCUCAAACAAGACAAUAAUGAAUGUAGCUGAGAAAGCAACAAGACUCCACAUCAUUGAUUUUGGUAUUCUUUAUGGUUUCCAGUGGCCUUCCUUCAUACAACGGCUCUCAUCUAGGCCUGGUGGACCUCCAAAGCUUAGGAUUACUGGGAUUGAUUUUCCGCGACCAGGUUUCAGACCAACAGAAAGGAUAGAGGAGACAGGGCAUCGCCUAGCAAAUUAUGCUGAAAGUUUUAACGUUCCAUUUGAAUUCAACGCCAUAGCAAAAAAUUGGGAAACUAUUCGAAUGGAGGAUUUCAGGAUUGACAGUGAUGAGGUCCUUGUUGUGAAUAGUGUAUAUCGGUUCAGAAACCUACUAGAUGAGACUGUGGUGUUGGAUAGUCCCAGGAGUAUUGUUCUGAACCUAAUCAAGGAGAUGAAUCCGGAUGUUUUCAUACAGGGGAUUGUGAAUGGUGCCCACAAUGCUCCUUUCUUCAUCACCCGAUUCCGAGAGGCUCUCUUCCACUAUUCUGCUCAGUUUGAUAUGCUCGAGACUACAGUGCCCCGUGAGAUUCCUGAGAGGAUGCUGCUUGAAAAGGAGAUACUUGGGCGGGGGGCAAUGAACGUCAUUGCAUGUGAGGGCUCAGAGAGGAUUGAGAGGCCUGAGACAUAUAGGCAGUGGCAGGUCCGGAAUCUUAGAGCUGGGUUUAGGCAGCUCCCUUUGAGUGAGGAGAUUGUGACGAUAGCAAAGAAGAAGACGGCAGCACUAUAUCACAAGGAUUUCAUUGUCAAUGAAGAUGGUCAGUGGCUGCUACAGGGGUGGAAGGGAAGAAUUUUAUAUGCUCUCUCUUCUUGGAAGCCUGUUCAUUAAUCUAAUACAUGCUCAUUUUGUUACAUGGGGAGCAAGAUAGUAAUUUCCACCCCCUGGCAUUUCCUGCAUUUUGUGCCCAUAUGAAUCUGUCAUGGACUUAUCACAGACUAGUUAAAAUUGAAAUUUAGUUAAAUAGAAGUCUUCUCUCUCUCUCUCUCUCUCUCUCUCUCUCUCUCUCGUCGCUUCCAUAUAGUUACAAACUUGAUUCAAAUAAUGCUCACUCAGCAGGUUGAACGAGAGUGGAUUUCAGCUGCAACCCUAUUCUGAUAAUUCUAUGAAAGACCAGUCUCAAAUAAAGGAGCUAUGAAAAUCAUAGUUUUGUUGGAAGAAAGAGGUACUGCGUCAUGUACAUCGCUGAUGCAGCUUUCAGUAUUUUGAAAGAAGAUGAUACAAGGAAAAAUGAACAUGGAAGCGAGUGCAACAAAAGAAAUUAUAGCAGUCUAUAAGAGGAGAGAGAGUGUGUGUAUGUGCCUGUAUGAUCUGUGAUCAUGUUUUGUUCAAUUAUUGUAGCAGAAAUGCAAACUAGGCUUAUGAGUACAUUACAAUAAAAUUUCCUGAACAA